CGCAGGCGGCCGAGGCUGUGCAGCAGCUGUGCGGCGACCGCGACAGCCUGGCGGCCACGUGCCUGGCGCUGGUUUCCGACGAGGCGGCGUGCGGACGCGUGCGCGAGAUGGCGUUCGCCGUGGCGGGCCGCGUGCUGCGGCUCUUCACCGGCCCACUUGCCUCGGCGCCCGGCGGAGCCGAGCUGCGGCGCCAGCUGGUGCUGCCGCUGAGCGCCGAGCCGGUGCGCGCGCAGCUCGAGCGCUUUUUCGCGCGCCGGAUGGCGGCCUGGCACGAGCAGCUGGCGGACUGCGCGCAGCCCACCAGCCUCAGCAUCAGCGCGCUGGCGCCGUCGUCGUGGGCGAUCGGCUACGCGCGCGUCUGCGCCCUCGGCGCGCUCUGGGCGCAGUGGCUGGGCGACGGCACCGUGGCGCCGGCUGCGCUCGCCCUGGCGGCGGCGUACACGGGCAUUGCGGGGCUCGAGGCGGCCGAGCGGCAGCAGCCGGCGGGCGCCCGGCGCUCGGCCGGCUUUGUCGCGCUGUCGGCCUUCGACCACCUGGUGCAGGCGGCCGUCGAUGCGCUGCGGCCGCAGCUGCUGCUGCAGAGCUCGCGGGCCGCGGCGAUGGACGCGAUGCUGGGCGCCGUGGCCGCCUGCGACGCGCGCAGCGGCGCCGCCGCCCCCGUCAACGUCGCGACGCUGGGCCGCUUUGUCGGCGCGGCGCUGCGCUCGGCGUUUGCCGCACACCAGCCGGCGGCGCCAACGCUGGCGCGCACGCCGGGCCGCGGCCCCGACGCCACAGCGCUGGCGCCGCCGGCCAUUGGGCUGGCGUGGUCGCAGCGCCUGGAGCGCGCCGUGGCUGCCAAAACCGGCAUGGCGCAGAUGCUCGAUGCCGAAGGCGAGCUUCGGACGGAGCCCCUGGCUGCGGCGGAGUGGGCGCCGAUGGCCGCGUGGUUUGCGGCGCUGGCGCAGACCAUCCAUGGCGUCGUGCGCCCGCGCCACGCCAUGGCGCUGGAUGCGCAGAUUCGCCGGCUGGCGGGCGACGCGCCGGUCGCUGCUGUUGCGCCGUACCAGCGCGCGCUGGGUCGCGAGCUGGCGAAGGCUGGCGCCAUUAGCGCGCGCUUGGAGGAGGCGCGCGCUGGGGUGGGGCUGGCCGCGCGCGAGUCGAUGCUGAGCAUGUCGCCGACGCCGAUGCCGCGGCGGCUCGCUCGCGACCAACGCGGCGAUGGCGACGACGCUAUGGACGUUGACGCAUGAAAAAAAUGUUUUUUCCCCCCUUUUUGUCGCACACACACUUUGACUUUGAUCCAUCCAUUUUUUAUCCUGCUUUCUUUCUUGC